GUUUCUGAAUUUGAAUUAAUUCUUAAGUGCUUUUAGGAGAAGAACGAUUUAUUUUAAAAAUAUGGCACAAAUUGUUAGAAUAUUUGCUGGUCGUGCCCAAAAUGUUAUACAAACUGCUGCCAAGCAACCCCAAUUGGGUGCUCGUUUCUAUUGUGCUGCUGCCACAAACCUCCAAUAUAUCAAAACCGAAUUGGCUGGUGAAAAGAAAAAUGUUGCUGUCAUCACUUUGAACCGUUCCAAGGCCUUUAAUGCCCUGUGCAACGGUUUAAUGGCCGAAAUCAAUAUCACUUUGGAUAAAUACGAAAAGGACGACAGUGUAGCCGCAAUUAUUAUUACUGGCAGCGAAAAGGCAUUUGCCGCAGGAGCAGAUAUCAAGGAAAUGCAAUUCAAUACUUAUGGAAAGUUAAUUAUGGGUAGUCACUUCAACGAUUGGACCAGCGUUGCCAAAUGUCAAAAGCCCCUAAUUGCUGCCGUAAAUGGUUAUGCUUUGGGUGGUGGCUGUGAAUUGGCCAUGAUGUGCGACAUUAUUUAUGCUGGCGAUAAAGCCAAGUUUGGCCAACCUGAAAUUGCUUUGGGCACAAUUCCCGGUGCUGGUGGCACUCAACGUUUGACCCGUGUCGUUGGUAAAUCCAAGGCCAUGGAAAUGUGCUUGACUGGCAAUAUGAUAAAUGCUGUUGAAGCUGAAAAGAUGGGUUUGGUUAGCAAGGUUGUAGCAGACGAUCAAUUGAUGACUGAAGCUAUUAAAUUGGGCGAAAAGAUCGCUACUCACUCCCAAUUGGUGGUGCAAUUGUGCAAGGAAGCUGUUAAUACUGCUUAUGAGACGACUUUGCAGGAAGGUUUGAAAUUUGAAAAAAGAACUUUUCAUGCUACUUUUGCUACAGCUGAUCGCAAGGAAGGUAUGACUGCUUUUGUGGAAAAGCGUGCUGCUAAAUUCAACAAUAACUAAAUAAUGUUCAUGGGAAUAAACCAAUAGGUUUAUGGGAAUUGUGAUAGCGAAAACCAUAUCAUAAUUUCAUGGAAAAACGAUAUCAUAAGGAAAGGUACAAUUUAAUCCGUAAAUACUAUCCUUUAUGAUACGAGAUAAUAUCGUUAUACAGCCCAAUUAUGAAUAAAAAUUCCCUCGGAAUUUUUUCCUUUUUCUCAUUUUUCCUAUUCAAAUUCAAUGGGAAAAAACUCCCGCGGAAUUUUUUAUUCAUAAUUGGGCUGAUAAUCUGUUGGUUUACUGUGUAAGAAUAAAUAAAAUUUAUAGAUAUUUAAAAAAA